AUGGCACUGCGAGUUCCCCGACCCCAACUCCUGUUUGUCAUCGCCGCCGUCGCCAUGGCACUGGCCACCGCCAUGAUCUCUUCUCCACAGCUCCGGUACUGCCCCUCUCCUCGAGGUAGGCGUCGUCGGCGUGGACGCCACAGCCCCGCAGCGGCUACCGUGGCCGCCUCGGCGACGCCGCGGUCGGAGGAGAACAUCGUCAUCGUCGGCGCAGGCGUCGCGGGGCUAGCCACGGCGGUCGCCCUGCGCCGGCUGGGCGUGGGCGCCGCCGUGCUGGAGCAGGGCGACGCCCUGCGCGCGGGCGGCACGUCCCUGACGCUGUUCAAUAACGGGUGGCGCGUGCUGAACGCCAUCGGCGUCGCCGACGAGCUCCGGUCCAAGUACCUCCGCAUCCAGGGGAUGAGGAUGCGAUCGCCGGCGGCGGGCGGGCGGGACCUGCGCGAGUUCUCCUUCGAGGAAGAAGCUCCCGGACAGGAGGUGCGCGCGGUGGAGAGAAGAGUGCUUCUCGAGACGCUUGCUUCUAAGCUGCCACCAAGCGCCAUAUCGUUCUCAUCGAAGCUGAAAUCGAUUUCAGAGCAAGGGCGUGCAGGCACCCUGCUCGAACUGGAAGACGGGAGGCAAAUUCUCUCCAAGAUUGUGAUCGGCUGCGACGGAGUGAACUCGCCCAUCGCGAGGUGGAUGGGCUUCUCGGAGCCCCGGUACGUCGGGCACAUGGCGUUCCGGGGCCUCGCGGAGUACGCCGACGGCCAGCCGUUCGAGCCCAAGGUGAACUACACAUCUACGGCCGAGGCGUCCGUGCCGGUUUUGUCCCCGUCUCCCCAACCAAAGUCUACUGGUUCAUCUGCUUCAACAGGCCAGAUCCAGCCUCAAUUCUUCCUGGCUCCUCGACUGCAUCGCUCCGACGUCGAGUUGCUCGGCCAAUUGGAUCUCUUCCUGGAUCUCCGGCUGCAUCGCUACGAUUUUGAGCUGCUCGGCCACCAGGACCGCGGCCAUCCCCGAGAGGCCGAGACGGAGCCUGCGGCAGGGCCCUCGGGGGAGGCCGAGGAGGCUGCGCGGGAGCAGAGGCCGCGACCAGGGCGGAUGCGGCCAGGGCCAGCGCACGGGAGAUCAAGGCCACGUAUCGCCGUCUGGUGCUUGCCGUCCAUCGUCGGACGCCGCCCCACCACCCGCCUCCUUCCGACGAGGUCUUCAUCUGCGCCCAUGGCUUGCUCGAGCUUGACGCUCUCCGACCCUAACAAGCGCGCGGCUACGACUGCCUCCUCCUCUCCGCCGCCGCGAGGGCCUAAGAUCACCAACCCCGCGGCGCUCAAGAGCGAGGCGCUGGAGCUCGUCCGCGGCUGGCCAUCGGACCUCCUGGCGGUGAUGCGCAGCACGCCCGAGGGCGCCGUGGUGAGGACGCCGCUGGUGGACCGGUGGCUGUGGCCCGGGCUGGCCCCGGCCGCGUCGAGGGGCGGCCGGGUGGUGCUGGCCGGCGACGCGUGGCACCCCAUGACGCCCAACCUCGGCCAGGGCGCCUGCUGCGCGCUCGAGGACGCCGUCGUCCUGGCUCGCCGCCUCGCCGACGCCGGCGGUGCCGGCGCGGACGGAGCCCAGGCCCAGGCUGCCAUGCGCGCGUACGAGGCGGAGCGGUGGGCGCGCGUGUUCCCGCUCACGGCGCGCGCGGGGCUGGUGGGCGCGCUCGUGCAGUGGGAGAACGCGGCGGUGUGCGCGGCCCGCGACGGCGUGGUCAUCCCGAGGCUCGUCAGGCUGGGUCCGUUCCUCGAGCACACCAAUUUCGAGUGCGACCUGCUCGAGCCGGCGCCGCAGUCGACAUGA